AUGGAAGAUGAUGGAUCAAAAAAUAAUAAAAAAGAUGAUUUCGCUGAAAAUUUAAAAGACAGUUCUUUAAUGGUUGUUCCAUUUGCAAGAUUUCUUCCUUUAAUUAAUGAAAUUGAAAAUUUUUUUAACGAAAUCAUCGAAUUAGUGGAAGCUGCUGAACAUAAUCAACGAACUUGUGAAAUAUUAAAAAAUCGAGUUCGUGUUGCAGAAUUAGCCGUACGAGAUCUUAGAGAUAAAAAAAAAGACAGAGAAGAUUUUUUUAAUAAAAUAAAUUAUAUACGUUUACAAGAAUUAUCUACUAUUAUAAAACAAAUUAAAAAAUUUAUAUCAGAAAUCUCUCUAAUGAAAACUUUGAUAAAAUACCUUAAAGAGAAAAGUGUUGAGAAAAUUUUUAAAAAAUUAUGUAUGGAAUUCGACAGUUGUAUUAACUUAUUGUCUUUUUCUUUUAACGUUGAAAUUGCUGAUGAACUUGAACAAUUAAAAUCCGAUCAAGAUGAUUUAUUUAAAUAUCUACAAGAAAUGGUGGCUGGUAUUGAUGAUAACGACUGCUUCGCAGACUCAAGUAAAAAGUUUUUUUCAACAAUUGUAAAAGUUAAUGCAAUGAAUAAUACAAUGAUAGGAAAAUUUAAAAGUCAAACAAAAAUUAGUGAUGUCUUUCAGGUACAUCCACUAGAAUUUUCUGAUUAUGAAAUUGAUGAUAAUGGGAAAACAGAUGAAUAUAGACGUGUAAAUAAAUGGUAUAAAAAAACAAAUAAAGGUGCUGAAUUCGCUUUUAAAACUAUCUCUGGAGAGGACGAAGUGAUUGUACAAAAACAAGUUGCAAUUCUUAAAGAACUUCAUGAUUGGCAAAACAUCAUAAAAUUUCACGGAAUGAUUUCUGAUGGAAAUCAAUGGUAUUUGGUGACUGAAUGGGCCGAACGUGGAAAUUUGCGUGAAUUUUAUCAAAAUAAAAAUGAUUUCGACCUUAAAUCAAAAUUACGUAUAUCUCUUGAUAUUGCUCGUGGAUUAAAUUUUUUAAGAACUGUAGAGNGAGAUAUUAGGGCUGAAAAUAUAUUAAUUACACUUAAUGAGACAGCAAAACUUGCAAAUUUCAAAUUAAUUCGUUCCCAACCCGGCGGACAGGCUAUAUGUUUUCCAAACCUAAACUUAGACCAAACUCGUUAUUGUGCACCUGAAUUGUUGGAGGGGGUGCUAAAUUACAAACAUGAACAAAGAUGUGGUGAGGUUUAUAGUUUUGGAAUCUUACUUUGGGAAAUUGCUGAAGAAAGAAUUCCACAUCAGGGUAUUAAUGGUAUUAGGGAUAUAAUUGAUAAGGUAUGUAAUAAAAAGUAUAGAGAACCAUUUUCUGAAAAUAGUCAAAUGCCAGAAAAAUUCAAACAAUUAGAAAUUGAAGCGCUCUUGUCUUUGACUUGUUUUGUUAAAUUUAAUAAAUAA